CGAAGCUCUUAUUGGUUUUACAAAUUCUCCUUAUUAGAACCCAGGUUAUGUAUAGAGAGCGGUAUGGAGAAUAUGCAUACUGAUGUUAGGGUGUAAAGGGUUAAUUGUUUAAGAAGAAGCAAGCAAGCAUCGGAUGGACGGAGAAUCUAAGCAGCUGAAUGGGGAACUGAUGGAGAGUGAGACCGUAAAGAAGUUUAGAUGUAUUAUGUGUCCUUUUAACUGAAAUGAGACUGUUUCAAAGUAUCAUUGUAGUCAUUUGAUAUUGUGUUUCUUACAGGAGGACGACCUCAAAUCAGACCUCGUCCCAGGCCUCGUCCGAGACCUCGAAUUAGGCCUCGUCCAAGUAAGUUUUGUGUAUUAAAUUUGGUGCUGAGAAAAUCCCGCACAAUAAAAUUUUGAUUUUAAGGAAAUUUUGAGAAUUUUUUUUUGCAAAUUAGAUAAGAAACAGAAAGCAAAAAACAAAAUGCAACAAAAAAAACGCUUCUAACUAAGGGCUAACGCUCCGAACGUCAGCUUUAGAAUCUCUUUACGGUGGCCAAUUUACAUUAUUAUCAACCCAGUUGAUAAUAAUGACGCAGCACCACAGAGUCGUUAGCAACUUGCUCCCUUUUUUCGUCAGGGCGUAAAAGAUAUAUGUACGUCGGAAUUUACCGUCCACCUCCAAGUCGUAUACUCGGACGACCAAUCAUAACAUUUAGAAGCAAAGUUAACAUACGAAGGAGAUGUGAAAAGAUAGCAAGAACCGGAAAUUACCGAGCAUUUGCCCUACGGUACGGUCGACAAUGUUACGUAGCUCGCAUGAAAAGUACGAAGUUUACAAGGUAUGGGCGCUGGCGGUUGAUAAGACCUGGUGCACUCAAGGUCUAUGUAAGCACGACUGGUGAGUAGCAGAUGAACUUUAAAUUAUUAACUAUGCCUUUGCUCCUUUAGCGUUUCCUGAAUUCCAAGUUUUUGUUUAUCUUUUGAUCAUCUCAGCAGGUAAACCUAAACGCCCUCGCCCCAGGCCACGCCCGAGGCCGAAGUUACCAGGUAUGGUACAUGAUUGAGAUUUAUUCGUCUCCAUGAGAGUUCAAUGAUUGUUAUGCGUAGACAGCUCUCACUCUCGGAUACAAAGAUAAUAUUCCGUUUCCCAUCCAUUUUAUGGAUCAGGUCACUAUCUUAUUGCUAUUUCUUUGAGUAAAAAAUUAAGAAUGAUGGUAAAUUUUGAGUUCCAUCGUUGAUUAAGGAGAGAUGUUAUCAUUUCAAGAGAGAUACAAUUAAAGUCUGGGUCCCCGCGAGAAUUAGAACCCAGAAUUUUUUAGUUCAUGCACGAAUACUCUAUGACUGUGUUGCAUAAAACCCACUGGUGAGCUAACCAACUCAGUAAGUUCAAAUGAAACACGCGCCCUACUUACUGCUGGGAUCAGCCGUGAGGAAAACCUCGGGUGUCUACACCAGGUAGUACGUCAGUAGGACUAUCGUUGAAUACAUACAGAAGUCAACAUUGUUAAAAGCGUGGGACAAAUACUUUUCUCUUUUGCCAUCAAAUACUGACACCUCUGAACUGCUUGCGUUGUUCUGCAUCAUCUUGAAUCUGAACAGCAGAGGUUGAAUGUCAUUGAUUCUAGGAAGAAGAUUUGUGCCUAAAUACAUCGGAAGGUACCGCACCCCUCGUAGAUUGGGAAGAGCUGUCCGCACUUUCAGACGACGUUCGUCCGCUCUACGGAACUGCUACCGCUUGGCUCGAGCACGAAGGGCGAGAGCAUUUGCUGUCCGUGCCGGAGUAAGCUGCUACUUAUCUAAAAUGACGUCGGUCAAGUUUACAAGGCUCGGAAAGACUCGAGUAGGAGGCCUCAAAGUUUACGUGAUAAGGAGAGGUGGGUGCUACUUCUUAAGAUCAAUAGUUUGUCAUGUUAAACAGAUGACCGACUAGCCUUAAUUGUUGCAAACAACACGAAUCAUCGCGCAUUCCUCCAGAACAAAAAAAUUAUUGGCCUAACGUUCCAGUUGUCGUGUAAUUCAGCUGUCUCCAAGUAGUACAACGCAAACUAUUCCCCGGGUUCUAUGAUAAAAAAUGGAUUUCUUUAUUGUCUGUCAUGAUCGUGACAACAUAUUGUAGAUAUUUUUAUUCCAGUAAUUGCUGCGCUAAGUGAGGUGGCCAAAGAUUGCUAUUGUGAGACAACGUGGUUUAGCAAAAACCUGGAGAUGGUUCUGAUGAUUUCUACCUUACAUAAGUGACAAUCUGUGCUGUUAAGGUUUGAAGCCGUGCCUGUCUACGUGUUAUGUAUAAAUGCACAAAGAAAUAAAUGCCAUCAUUUACAACUUCAGGUACAUCUAGGCCCCGGCCUCGACCCAGGCCGUCGCGACGCUUAUGGAACUAUCGUCGCCUCGGUACAUACAAAGUACCACGGGGCCGUUCAUCUCCAGGCCGCAGAUACUUAGGCACGGUCAGACCCAGAUUAAACCCCGCCAAGCAGUGCGCUAUCAUGGCGCGAAAGGCAAGAUAUCGCUAUUUCGGAGUACGAAGCAGACGCUACUGCUAUGGAGCAAGCUUACGUUCACCACUGACAAGAUUUGGAAAAACGUUUGGUGUUGGAGGAAUGGUUGUUUACAAGAUUGGAAGAGGUGAGCUAUGAAAACUCUGGAUCUCCGGUUUCAACGGCAGAACUGACAAACGUUUGCGCAUGUCACGAACUUCCAAAGCAAUAGCAUACCUGGCGACAUUUUACCACAUUUACCAUACAUGGCGACAUUUUUAAACUAGUUAUAGUUCUCACUAGAGCUGCCCCCGCCCUACAGUACCAUUUUCUUUUUUUUUUUUUGAGUUGGGCUUGUUGUUUACAGUUGUGUAGUUAUGACCAUUUGCGGGAAAAACGUUGAUACCUUGCGGCCGUGCAAGCGAUCAAAUCGAGAUUUUUUUUGGUUGCGAUCAACCGAAAACACCUACAUUCUCUCUUCUUCAGUCUUCCUCUAUACUAGGACAAAUCUCGUGUCAAAGACGCCGAUCCUAAAAGUCCUCGCGCGCGUGUCUUUUUACUGGCAGCCCAUGACCAUUUGCGGGAAAAACGUUGAUACCUUGCGGCCGUGCAAGCGAUCAAAUCGAGAUUUUUUCUGGUUAUGAUCUACCGAAAAUACCCACAUUCCCUCUUCUCCAGUCUUCCUCUAUAUUACGCGGGGAGUCCUAAGGUGCCUCCUCGGGUUUUUGGCCCUCUGGGGCCAAAAACCCUGCGGGGGCAAAAAGUGAAAAGCGUUGAUACCCUCUAUUCACAACAAGUGUUGUUGUGGAAGCUUAAACAAACUAAUAUCCCUGGGACUGCUUAAGCCAAAUGUCGACGAACUUGCUGCUCAGCUAUCACAAAAUGUAAUUUUUCGCUUGAAAGACAACAGUUUUUACCUAAAUUUAGGCAAUUGUUUCAGGAUAAAAAUGUGAUUUUUCAAUAGAAAGUCAAAGGAAGAUUUACAACGAAAGAAUUGAGCCCAACAUCUCCACUAACUCAGUGAAGUGUUGCUGUUCUUUCUGCAUAGCCUCGCAAAAUCUCGUGACCCGCGCAAACAUUCUAUCGACUUGCUGUUUGAGUCGUAAACAUUUUCCGACGUGAAACUGUAAGUGUAAGCUUUAUGAUAGAACUCACUGAAGAAUAAAUUAUGUUUAUGUGACCUGCAGGGCGUCUGAGACCUCGGCCAAAGACAACAGUGUGGCAUUAUCGAUACGUCGGCCGCUACAAAUCACCCACUUCAACGCGUUUGGGUCGAUUUAUUGGAAGGAUGAGAGGGAAAACGAAAGUGUUUGAAUGUGCACGACGUGCCAAAAGGAUGGGAUACCGUGUAUUUGCUUUGCGCAACCGAGGAGAUUGUUACGUGUCAAGAUACUCGUCAACUUACUCCACUAAACCUAGGGUGUUUGGGCGCUUCAUGGCGAGCACCGGUGGACCGCGUGCUAUAGAUGCUUAUGUGAUCAGGAAAGGUAAGAUACAGAGUAAAAAAGCUUAGCUUUUGAGAAUUGAAUGCUGAUUGGGGUGGAUACAGUGCGGUUGAAGCUCCUGGAUAAUCCUUUGAUGGUGAGCCAUUCAAAAAUUGAUGGCACCGCAAAAAAGUUGUGACGUCUUUAUCGUCGGUGCCUGCUAAGUAAUUACUCAGACAUCGGAUAGGACCUUAAGCUACUUUUAUUGACAGAAAUACCGGACAGAAAUGUAAAGAGAUCUUAUUGAUUUAUUCAGCAUAACGUCGAUAAUGCCUUUUAACCCCAUUCAUCGAUGAGCAUCAAAUCAAACAUGUCAGUAAGCCCUAUUUACGAGACUCUACCUUUUGAUUGGUGUCACUCAAUUUUCGUUUGCUUUAUUAAGGUCGUUUCAAGCCUCGCCCCAGGCCUCGUAAAGGAGGUUUUUCCUGGCAUUACCGUUGGUUGGGACGAUUCAGAUCGCUAAAAGGAAGAGGUUUGGGCACGAAAAUAGGUAGAGUGACAGGGAGAAAGAAGGUGUUCAGCUGCGCUCUCUUAGCAAAACGCCGAGGUUUCAAAGCAUUCGCUUUACGCCGGAAUGGAAUCUGCUACGGAACUCGAUCAUCUAGAACGUAUGCAACCAAACCCAUAAUCAAGGGUCGCUUCAGAGCUGGCGCAGGAGGAUCACGUUUCAUUGAUGCUUAUAUGAUAGGGAAAGGUAUGUGAUACAGCCGCGGCCCUUGAUCGUAGUGAAAUACUUUCGUCAAGCUUCUUCUGAAAAAUAAAAACUUCACCCUUGCAUUAACCCCCAAGUACUGUAAGUAUUGUAAUUUUCACCCAUAUUGAGCGGUCGUGGUCAUCCUUCACUGACUCCCAACGGCCAGUUUGUAUUGUCUAACGCAUAUUGGGAACGAUAGCUCAACGCCGAACUACUCAAAUAAACUAAGGAUAAUCUCUCAAGUAGAAUUUAAACCAUGUUUAUCUCCCGGAAUCAGUGUCAGUACUUUAAGUUCAAAUGUCCCCACGCAUUGCGGAUUGCCUUUCUUCUUUGGACAUAUACUACGCAUUUACAUCACGGUCAAACUGUAUUAAGCGGUCAGUCUGUACCAAACAGUCGCCAUUCCUCAAGGUUGACCGCUUGAUAGAGGUUUGACUGCAAUGGUUUUGUUACCUGUUCUGUAACUUCAUCAUGAUAAUUAUUCUUUUGUAGGUCAUUACAGACGGCCAUUGAGAAAAGGCAAGUUGUACAUUUGCUAUGGUUCUCUUUGAAUUAAAUAACGGUUUGUUGAUAAUUUUUAAGCAACACACCUGUUAGGCCCGACAGGCUUUGGCAAAACUACAGCCAUUGAUAUGUUUCAAGUCUUGCACACUUCAUUUCUCUUCAGUGGCUUUCGUUUCGGGCGAGGAAACCUGGUUCAGCGCUUAAGGUCGAGAGCUCACAGAUUAAUCGUCAGGCGACAACUAAAAACUCCUCACGUAGAAACUUAUCAGGAUAAAGGAAACGAAAACAGGAAAAAAAACGACAAGAAAAAAUGUUUACUCUUUUAAUUUCGUCUCACCCAGAAACUUACCAACAUGCCUCGACCUCAUGUGCUCGACCCUGUUUUACGCGCGGCCAAACAUAAGGCGCAUGAUCCUUUGAUAAUGUAAGCGACUGAUCACUAGUCACUAGUACAUUAAUCUUUGAUCAAAUGCCAUAAAUAAGCUUGCCCAUGUUUUUUUUUUUUGCAGGAGUUAAGGGUCGCUCUCGGAAAGCAAGACAACGAAAGCGAAUGAAACAAAUAAGAGCUGUAAGGAGAAGAGUGAGACGAACUAAGAGAAAGCAGCGGCGAGUGGCAAAAACUAGAAAACUGAAAUUGAGAAUAAUAAAACGAAUCCGACUGCUGAAGGUUUUGAAGAGGAAGGUGAUCCGAGUUGUUGUACGGGUCCGUCGUUUGAAACGACUGGGGAACAUAAAACGCCUCAGGUUGGCAAGAAAAGCAAAAAUUGUCCUGGUUAAAAGAGUGCGAAAAAUGAAGAGGAAAAUACAGAGACGCAAGUUAAGACUUAAACUACGAUUAGCGCGAUUGAAGGCAGCAAAACACCGAGCUAGAAUCCAGCAAGCCAGACGACGGGCCAUGAGGUCGUUGCGAUUCAGAAUGAAGCAGCGCAUGCGGAGAUUGAAGUUACUUGCCCAGCAGAGGAGGGCUCGUGCCCUUCGAAUAGCCAGGCUGAAACGUCUGAGGCGAUAUCGUCGGUUAGCAAUGCUGCGCGCACGUCAAAGAGCGCAAGCAGCGCGCAUGAGACUGUUGAUAAGGCAAAGGAUGCUUCAAAUCAAGCGGAAACUAGCUCUGAGACAAAGAAUACUCAGAUCAAGAUACCUGAGGAGACGACAAAGAGCGUCGAGACUACGUAUCCAGGCGUUUAGGGUCAAAGCUCGUCAACGAAGAGCAAGACAGCAGCUUUCAGCUCUAAGGAAACAGUUGGUCAAUGUGGCGAAGAGGAUGGUGUACUACAGGAGAUAUCGGCAAUACAGAUAUUUGAUGAUGAUGCGAGCCCAGAGGCGACAGCUGAUGAAACGAGCGAGUAAUGCUCGAGUCCGUUGGUUCCGAUAUCAGAAACAGCUACAGGAGAACAGACGCAGACAGCGCAUGCUCGUGCUCAAGCAACAGCGAGCGAACAAGAGCUUCAGGCAGUUCCAAAGGAAAAAGAGAUUGUUAUUUGCGCAACAACAGCAGAAACUGAGAAAGCUCAUACAACGGAUGAAGAGUACGCGUCGAGUACGAGGUGCGUAUCUUAUUUUUUCAAUGGAUUGUUUAUUUAUAAGGUCAGCUUUUGCCUAGUAUUCCUGCGUCACCGACUGAAAGAAAAAUCUUGCGUAACAGAGAAAUAGAGGUUUUUCUGAGGUGCCUCUCUUUAGCGAGGUGCCACUGCUUAUAACAUACUAAUAUUACCUAUCAUAGUGCACGACUGAGCUUCACUUUGUUAUGUUGCAGUUGGGAAGAAGAGAGGAGACAUUCUCAAGAAAAAGCCCUCGAUGACAAGUUUGAAUAGCAAGAAAGAUAAAGAAGCCAAUACUGGUAAGAUAAUGUAAAGGGACUCCAAUGAUGAGUUCAGGUCGAAACGUCAGUCAGCACAAUCGACAACAGUCCUACUCAAGACUACCCUCACCUGGAUGAACAGACCACGCCAUCAAAGACAAUAAUAUUGUCACAAAUUUAAAAAUCACAGAAUGGCUUCAUUUCGAAACGAAAUCUCGGUCCCUCGUAUCCAGAACAUUUGCCAGUAAAUUAAACUGUACGCAUGAUAGCCCAUAACCCACAUCAUACAUUAUGGCCUCUCUGUAAGUUGUAGCGAACUUAUCCGAGAUGAGAUCAAACUGAAAGUUGUUGGGACGCGAUAACGGACCGGAAUUUAGAGAGACAACAGUAAAUGAGGAAAUAGAGUCAAGUUAAGUCAUAUUUAUUUAGGCAGGGUGGCCAUUUCAGCAAUAGGCUGGUAUCAAAAAGGGCCCUAAUCAGAUAAUUCCCUAACUACUAUUCCCAUGAUUUACCAGACCAAGGGGAAGUAGCUAAGCCACAGGUAUUUAGAAUUCGUUUAUUCUUUCUCCCCUCAGCAGUUCCCAAAGAGUUUCGGUCAGCUGAUUUUUUCUGGUCGUUCGAAGAUGCAUCGGGCGCGUACAUAUCCCAUGAUACUGUUCAAAAGCGUCCAGCGCGGCUCAUGGGAGGAUCACGAGUUGUCCCAGAGACCGGACGGGGUCUGGUGGCCAGCACUGGUAAAGCAAGAGGAUGGAUCUCUCUCGGAGACUUUACAGGUGAUAAGGAGAGAGAAAUAAUUUAUCAACCAAAGGAAAAUUUUGGAUUAAACGCAAAAUUUUUAUAGCUAAACUUUGAGAAAAAUAUGACAGAUAGUACAGAAAAUUGACAUUUAGACUGUUUUUCACGUUAAGUGUUAUCACUCCAUCUCGCCAGGAAAAUGCUUCAGCGAUCCAGACCAAUGUAGAGAUCACGGAAUGACAAUGAUGACUUCGCUUAAACUUGACAAGAAAUACUUCCACAAGAAAUCCAGCUCGUAUUUCUUGUCCAGCGGAGGUCAGACCACCCAGGCCCGAGGCUUCGCUCUCCUUCAUAUUCUAAACCGCUACAUCCUCAUACUCAGCACAAAAAAUAGCCAGUGGAAGUUGGAAACACGUGACCUUCCAGAUGGAUGGUUCAACAUUGCCUUUUCCUGGGAGAAGAAGGGUUUACUUAAGCUGUAUGUAAACGGAAAGGAAGUGUCUAAGGGAGAAGCUAUGAGUGUUUCAAGACCGAAGGAUUCUUUCUCCACGUUGCAAGUUGGACGACCAAACAAUUCUCACUCUCCAAAGUUUAGAGUACCGCUGGAAAUGGAUAAUAUUGCUCUCUGGGAGAGAGCUCUCACAAGCAAGGAGAUAGGCGCCUUGGCUGAUAAGGGUAAGAAUCGGGCGUCAAACGUGGAAAAUCGUGCCAAAAUUAUCUUUUAAAUUAUCUUUAUCUUUUUUUUUUAUUAUCGUUACUGCAAUAAAUUUUGUGCAUUACAACACGUACAUUUUUCGCAGAACUUUUCCAUAUGCAAGUCGCUAAUUUAUUUAAUUCUUAUCCUCAUUACGAGUUAUCGCCAUAAUCAGAUAAUUAAUCAGUAAUCAAGCCCACUUUAUUUCCUUCCGAUUAGAUUUGAAGACAACUUCCAAAACAAAGGAAAAGAAAGAUUGAAAUAUAGAUCAAACAACGUUGAAGCAAGGUAAGAUAAUCAUGACUCACAAAUAACGAAUUGAUAACUGGAGCAGAGGAUUGCUCCAGAAUGAACCAGUAAUGUAGAAUACACAUGAUUAUCUUUAGAAACUUUACAAAAUACUGCUUCUUCAGUGCCAUGUUCUUUUUAAAAGCCGCAUAACUAGUCCAGUUUCUAAACCCUCCCUCUCGCUGAGUUUGAAAUCUCUCUCUCUCUCUCUCUUCAUCCUCUCGGGUUCAACCGCUGUGCACAAUGCACAAGCAAUAAAGAACUGGACUACCAAGGACGUAUAAUUCAACCAAGACAGCAGAGCAUGCGCAGAGUAGAGUCUAUGUACGACAAUGUUUCUCUAUACAGCCAAUCUCAUUUCAAAUCAUGCUUACAUUUCAGAUUCACCGUCACCAAGAGCAGUGAAAAGACGUUUUAUUUCCAAUACUUCUCAGUACGAUUGGUAAUAUUUUUAUUUACUUGCUCAUCGUCGCGAUGAUUCAGUGGGAGGCUGUUAGCCAGAUGAUGACGAGUUUGUUGCUCCAGUGCCGUUCUAUUUGCGGACAAAUCACCUUGAAUCAGGGAACUAUAAUAACAAAUGAAGUGCUAUGAAAAAUUGAAAUCACCCUUGAAUCAAAGUAAUCGCUAUAGUGUAUAGCGAUUACUUUGCUAUAAAUCUGAUUCUAGCAGUAACGUUAUUAUGUGAGACUUUGUAAUCUGGCUACAACAGUUUUUUCAUCGGAUUCUAAACUUUAUUGUACGACGCUUUGUAAUCUUGUGACAAAAUUUUUAUAUUUUAGUCUAGCACCACAGUUUUGCUAUUCUAACCCUCUGCCUAAAUUCUAUCGCAAUUUUUUUGCAUUUGAUAAGACUUUUAUGGUCUUAAUUAUUUGAGAAAAAUGAUAGGCGAUUGUUUGCCGGAAAUUUGUAACUCUAUUUGAGCUCAGAUUUUAGGGGCGGUUUUACAUAACACUGUAUAAUUUUUUAAUAAUUUUGUGCGGUCAGUUAUUGGAUGUAAGAUUUAGACUGAUAUUUGACGGACGAAAGCAUUAGUUUUCUUCUAGUCGCGAAAAAAUCCAGUGGAUGGUAUUUUGAAUCUGUGAUUUUUUUGGAGUUAUAUGACCAAGAUUAUAGCCGUAGUUGGGUUAGAGUUUGUUUUUAGGCCUCGGAUGAGUAGGACAGAGAUUGUUGAAUUAUCUAGUUUAGUUCAGUAUUACUUGUAGAGAGGUAAUUUAAACUCAAUAAACAAAACAUAACCAUCCAGACGAAAUUCUUUUUAUGAACUUGAUCGUAUCAACAGGAAACAAAUCUGAUCCAGGGACAGAUUGUCGAUCCAGAAAUGUAGCUUGGCAGCCUAGACAUAUUUUAUCCUCCUUGACUGAUGCGCCAAAGGAAAGAGCCUUGCAGUUGACAUGAGUGUAAGGUCUUAAAACGAACAUGGUCUAAAUCUGGUAAUAACGAAUAGACAUCCUUAUCCUCUCCCUUACCUCUCAGAGAGCGUUGGUCUCUUAUAUUAUCAAUAUUGGCCGUAAGGGAAAAGCUGGUGGAAAGUUUGAUGGAAAGAGAGAUCUUCUGCUCCUCUUCUCUCUCUCUCUCCCUCAUACUUUGUCCCAUGUGUAUGCAUUCUGUUGGUUGCUUAGCACUGGUUACCAUUGGCGACUUUACACUUUCUGCCAUGCGUUGUUUUCGUUACUUUUUGAGUUGUCCUUUAGAUAGCAGAGAGUGUCCUUAGUGUGCGUUUAAUUGCCCGUCACACGUUCAUGUUUAAAAACCAUUAUAUUAAACCGCACUUUGAACUGCACACGCAUUUCAACUUGAACUGAGUGGUGUCUAGUAGAAAACGGGUUUUCUACAGCACCCCCACUAUCUUUCAGCCUCUGCGCUUAGCAUGUACCUGCUAACGAGAACACUGAAAAUACAAUAAAUGGCCGACAGCUUUUAUCUCUAGUCAUAAAUUAUUAGUGGUGCCUGCUCAUACCUCCGAACGAACGUAAUUUCCUCCAAAUUUUAUCCACAAAAUAUUGUUUUCUAAUCAAGCCGCCGCUGUUUGUGGAUGGAAUAAUAGUUUAAUCGAAAUACUGUAUUGUUGGCGUUGAAAGUUAUGCCGAUCUUACUUGAUCUUCUCCAAAGGAAAGGUUUGUUUAAAAUAUAUUUUUGUCACUGCACUUUCAAAAGCGAGAGGCGAGAAUUAUGUUUGUAUACUGACCCGGUUGUUUAAACUUUGUGACAAUAUAUCCCUCAAACGUACGAAUGAUCCAAAACAUCUUGUCUUAACAUUUUGACCAGUCUAGGGAAGAGGAAGCGACCGCAGUAAUGGAGGGAAAGCUUGUUUUUCACCUCAUAGCCAUCGUGAUUAUGACGGGUAAGUAGUUUGUGUCGUGAACAGCUUCGUGUUAAUUCCAGUAUCUACUCUCUUGCUCUGUAAACCUCAAACUAAAGCAAGUUAUUUGACUACAAAUUUUUUUUCUUCAAUUUCAUCUUGACGGAGAAAAUGUUCUCGCUGAACCAACUACAAUGAACACGUGACGUAUUCAUUUUUACGAAACAGGCCUUUCUACUCCAAAGGGGGUUAGAUCCUUACACUUGUACAGCUGUUCGUGGAAAUAGGAAAUCAUUGAUAGUCUAAAACGUUUACAUCUUUUAGUUGAAAUGAUAGCGGAGAAGUAUCUAAAUCUCUUAACGAUAAAGCCGCAGUUGUAUCGCAGGGAACUACAUUGCACUCAACCAAACUGAUUUCCAUGUCGAAAGAGAAAUGGACUAAAAUCAAGACUGAACGCCGGCUAAACCUAAUGGACAAACAGUAUCAAAUUGAAGGCUAUUCAAAUUAAAUUAGCCCUUUUUUUUAAUUUACUGUCGUUAGGGUAUGUCUGCAGCAUGCAUCAAGGUCACAAGAGAACUUUGACUUCCUUGGCGGCAGGUGAGACAUGGAGAAUGAAUUGAAUGAUCUUUAUUUAAUUGGUCAUCCAAUUUGACAUCAAACAUACCGCGCAGAGUUCUAAGUCUGCCCCCACACUAUGAUUAAUAAGGGAGUGGACACUUAAAAAAGGCGUGGCCCAUUAACUUCAUUCGAGCACGGAACCACAAGUAGUUGAAUUAUACAUAGUACACGAGUGCCAGAGGUUGAUGAUUCAAGCUAAUAGCUCUCAUCUUUACUCAAUGGAAUUAAGAUGUAUUUGGCAGAAAAUCUUAUUAUAACUUGAGGAACGAAGGUUCUAAAUUCCGAAAUGGGUAACUUUAUGAAUGAGUAGUAGGAGAAAUCUCCUUUCAUUUCAAGAAAACGCAAGGAUUAUUUGAGUCCAUCACUAAAAAGUCUAAAAGAAGAAGAUUAUGCCAGUUUCAUGGAGCGGAACACGAUGGGUGACUUUGUGAAUGCAAUUGAGCUAAUAACGUUUAUAGUAAAGACAAUCACUACCCGGAGAUUGAUUAUCAAAUAGUGGUAUUUUGACCGCACAAAUAGCAUGCAUCAUGCAGUAUGAGACUGGUGUCAUAAAAUGUUAGAGAGAGUCAAGCACGUACGUACAUUAGCCAGGCCAAGUAGUGCUGAUAAUAAUCCGCCUUCUUCAUUUUCCAGAGAAACGAGUAACGGUUUGUUCUAAACGAAAGAGCCCACUCACAUGCGAGUCACCUGGAUCAGCUAUCGCUAUAACAGGGGUCUUUUGGGGUCGGGAAUCCCCUAAUAUUUGCCCCUCGGAUGACGGCGAUCCGGUGACAAACUGUCACACAGCCCCCGAGACGGAACACAUCGUGAAGGAAAUGUGCGAAGGAAUGGGAAGUUGUGUAUUGGAAGGAAAAGCCGACAAGCUACAGAAAACAAAGCAUUGCUUCGGUGUCUCCAAAUAUCUCUCGGUGAACUAUACUUGUGUGCCUCAGAAUAAAGAAGCGAUUUUGUGCGACUCGGAGCGAUCAAUGAUUUCUUGCCCGUCUGACUGGCUUCUUAGGGUAAAUACAGCUUUCUGGGGCCGUGACAGAACUGAAGUUUGUCCAUCUGCGAAAGGGCAGGAACUCUGCCCUGGCGCAUCAGAGACUGUCUCUAAACUAAGGAGUAGAUGUAACAAUAUUCCUUUCUGCCCUUUACAAGCGUUUUACAGGGAACUGCAAAACGGCGGCGAAAACUGUCCUCAUAUCGAGAAGUACCUCAUAGUGAACUACAGUUGUCGGCCCAGUCCUGAAAUCGGACGGCGCGGUCAGCUCGGCCUUAUUCCUCUUUCAGUUUACCGCGGACUUCGAAGCCGAUCGCUAAUUUGGAAACCAUCCCCAAUGAUAAGGAGGAAUAAAUUUCGAAAGAAGAGUUUCCGAAAAAAGAAACUUAAUUUGUAGGGUGCUAACGUAUGUCAAAACGAUCAAGUAAAAGUGAUGCCAGCAACAGUAUUUCCACAUAUAGUCCAAGCAGAGCGUACGGAGUAUUCUUUGCGGUAGAAGUUUCGGGCUCAUCUCGUUACAAUACACAUAUACGUCAAUGCAAAAAUAAACAAUGCCGUCAAUUUUAUACCACUUAUAACAGAGUACAACUGCUUAACACUACCCAUUGUAAUAUAAGAAAUAAUUUUGUAUAUAGUAAACACCGUGCACCAUUUAUAUCGGUGGUUUGUUUGUUUGUUUGUUUGUUUUUUUUGAAGUUUGCUGUAUGCCUUCACAAAAUUAUGUGUCAUAUCCCCUUGGCAACCCAAAGAAAUAAAUGAUGGUCUUUCGACUGACCUUAUCAGGAGUCCAAACUGUGAUUAUAUUCCGUGAUAUUGCGCCAAAAUAACAAACUGUUUGCGAAGCGAAUCUUACCGAAGAGUUGGUUGUUGAUCACAACUUUGGAUACUCGAAAAUUGCACUCGUUUAAUUAAUAAAUAAAAUCAGUAAAUAAACAGCAUAUUAAAGGUUUUUAUCUGAAUCGAAACAAAUUCUGGAGUUUGUGCAUCCUCUCUUAGAUUUUAGGUUACCACCUUACAUCUAUGCACGCACUAAACGAUGUGUAACCCCACCCUCCCUACCAUCAAGGUCUCUACAUGAAAAUAGACAGGGCGAAGACUGGUGAGAGAAGAAAUAUUGUACAUGGGGCCGCAGGGGCAUUAUUCUCUUCGAUUCUUAACAGGAGGAGUAAAUUUUCAUGCUAUUUUAUCCAGCGGAGACUUAGUAAAGCGCAAGGCAUUACGAAUAACUUGUCAAAGGUCCCAAACCACAGCAACACCAGGAUAGGGGAUCAAAGGUAACCCAUAACCUAGUAUUCUUGCGAGUGCUAAGUUCAGAAUAAUAAGAUUUUAACAAGAAAGAACUACAAUUAGCGAAAUGUUUUGCUGUUGUCUGCUCUACAUCUCUUAAAGAUCCUCGAGAGGUUUCUCUCCUCCGACUUGGGUUGAAAACAGUCGCUAAAAGUCGCUAAGUGGAAAUAAUUCUCCUGCUUUUCAAGAAUCUUCAGUUCGAAAAAUAUGACACCGAGUUUAAAUAAUGCACGAGCGGAAACCCACCCGCAAAAAGCAGAAAUUAUGAAGUGUAUCAAACUGAAAUACGAGGAGGUUCCGCUAAAAUUUUUAGAAUUUGACAAGGCUUUUGUUCAUGAAAAAGAUUUAUUAGAUCACUGCGGUCCUGUUUACGACUAUGAUCCGGAUACAUCGUGAGUGACGUCAUACAAUCCCUGCAUAAUUCACGUUUUCCGCCUGCAGUCACACAAGGAUUAAAAAGAAACAAAAAAGGCAACGUGAAAAGGCCCCAACACAAGGUAACUUAGGUAGUUUGGACUUACUGCUAUUUUCUAUUCCUCCCCCUGAAUAAGAGGUUGUCAUUUUGGAAACAAGACUCGUUGUCAUCUUCUCAAAGUAAACCAGGCAAACAAGAAUCUUUUCGUGAUAACCUGUCGUUUACAAGGCGUGAAUGGUGACUAAUGAAACACCGCCGGAACCCUAUUUUUUUUUUCGCGAAAGGUUUCUGGAGGAAUGCUUUUAAUCAAAUAUUGUUACUAUAAUGUUUUUUUGAUACACUUGUUGAACAAUAAUAUUCAAAACUGUUUAGUCUAGUGUUGGUGUUAUAUAGCAGAGAUUUGCCUUUGUUGUUAAAUUUCAAGCACGUAAUCUUUAACAAUGAGUCCUCCUGAGGUUAUCUUAUUUUUGAUUUGACGCAGAAGUCAUAGGCUUUCAGUGAACUUCGCAAUUAUACUGAUUUUCGAUACAAACACGUUAAAACGUCCUUAUCUGAACAAACUGGACUAAAUUUCACUCUUGACUGAUCCAGGUGAAAAAAACAAAUUUUGACCUGUUCUCAAUUUGUUACCACCCGUUAAGAAAGUUAUUCUCCGGUUUGAUCUUGUGGUAACAUCGAAUCACAGGUACAAACACUUUGGCGCCUAUUUGACCAAUUCUUCGUUAAAUCAUCAAUAUUAGUUCUCAUAUUUUUAUUUGCUUUGCUUUUGCAAGGGCAGCGAUGGCAAAAAGCCGUUUCAUUCACCAAAUAUUUGCUCUUGUCGCCUUUCUGAACGUAGCAUUGGCUUAUGUACAAGGUAAGUCUGGUAUACCCACAUGCUUAGAUGUGCGCAAACGCUAAAUGUUAGUGGAUAAGACACACAAACGCUUAUACUUGCAGUGCACAAAUCUGAAAAAUGUUUGAAAAGUCGUCCAGUAGUUCAGCCUCUAAAAAGAAAUUUUGUUCCUCGCCGUCUACAUGCAUGUGGAACCAAUGCAUCAUUCCUUGAAUUAGAGUAGGCUCCUACUUCGCCCGAGAAAAAACAUUUUUUUCAUACAUCGGUGAUACUGACUUCGCUGCGUUUUUUCCUCUGAGGUGGAGUUCACAAUCAAGAUGCAGGGGCUGGUUUGAGUCAGAUUGACCUCGAAGCUUGUGAGUAUCAAGGCUCUCAUAAAAAGAUUAGCAACGUGAACAUUUGCUUGCAAGAGGACUUGUUCGCUUUUUACUACUUUUUAAGCAAACGGCACUUCAAUGUAUUAGCACUUAACUAUGCUCUCGCGUUAAUGGUGACUAAUGUUCACGAUAAAUUAAAGAAUAAGAGUCAAGAAUAAACUUCCUUUUGGCCAGGCACUUUUGGCGAUCCUCAGGAAAGUUUAUGGAGCGCACAUAAAAAUUAAUUGUUUGACUUUCUUUUAUAAAGUGAACUGUUCGCGUUUUCAUAAACUAUUUUGGUGAAUGGAACGCACUCCACACCAGGAUUAAUGCUUGUGACUGUUUGUUCGCCCAUCUUAAAAAGUGCAGCUCUGUGAUAAAAUGAUUCUUGCCCAGUUCUAUAAUUUAUUUUGUUUCCAGCCAAGGAAAUCACCGUUUGUACAACACAGAGGAAACCGCUGAGCUGCUCAUACCCGGGCUCAAACAUCGCAGUUACAGGUGUAUUCUGGGGUCGCAAGUCUGCUGUGAUAUGUCCUUCAGAUGAUGGAGAUACAAUGCUUGACUGCUUCACUGCACCGGAGUCAGAGGGAAUAGUGAAGGGGAGAUGUGAAGGAAAAGAAUCGUGUGAACUUGAAGCCAGGCAUGCCUUGCUACAGAACACAGGAUCACAACACUGCCCUGGCGUAAAUAAAUAUUUAACUGUCAAUUACACGUGUGUGCCUGAUGCAAAAGAAGUCGUCAUUUGUGAUUCUGAAAACUCAAGCCUCACCUGCCCGGCUUCAUGGAAGAUUGGCGUCAAUUCAGUAUUCUGGGGACGCCAGUCAACCACUGUCUGUCCGGCGGAGAAUGGACAGACCAUGUGCACUGGGGCCCCUGAGAGUCUUGGGAUUGUGAAGAAGUCAUGUGAUGGGUUGACCAGGUGUGACGUGCAUUCUUCUUAUGAUCAAGUACAAAAUGGCGCCGAAAACUGCCCCGGAGUUCAGAAAUACUUGAUAAUCAACUACAGCUGUAAACCGCAUCCAAACAUAGGUAGGGUGUGUGAGAGUUGGUAAUGCAUCUCAUGAAACCGUUUAUUACUCAUAAACAAUCUGUGACUUUUCCAGCAUGCUGGAUCAUGUGGUUCAAAGCAUGUGGUUCAAUUCAAUGGAUCAUGUGGUUCAAUUCGGAUUAAAGCUGUGCGGUACCUCGAGGUUACUACAUGCACAGUUUACGAGGAGCGGUUGUAAUCGGAUUUUGAACAACCCAACCCUGGUGCACGUUGUACCCUGUCCCAGUAACUGUUGAUUUUGGAUGGUUUGUCUUGCCUAGACUGUUAAAUAUCUGCGAAAUGCUAAGGGAACGCAAAAAGGGGAGUAGUGAUGCUCCUUGUCGCUUAAUGCUUAGAAAACCGGGAUAAGUCCCGGCUGGCUGGGCCACUUGGCUUGAGUACAGACUUAACAUCUUUUUUUAAUUUUAAUCCACAUCGUAGGUACGGAAGAGGAUGCCAUUCAGAAUGACCAAGAGGCAGUUCCCAUGAAGGUCCCUCCUGCCAAACCCAAAUCAGGACUGGCACCAAACGUUGUGAACGAUCUUAAACAGCUGGACGGCGGGGGCCAACAGAUUGUGAAAAUACCAGCUGAAGAGGGGAAUAGUGUUGUUGGAGAGAACUUGAAUAUUGGACGACUGGGCAUGGGAGGCCUCAAGGCUCUGGAGAAGAUCAACAAUCUUAUCAAAGCGUCUGCUGAAACGCAAGAUGGCGACGAUCCUGGGUCGGACAAUGGUUUGACAGAUGAACAAGCGCAGGCUAUUGAACGUAUGAUAAUUGAAGGAAUCCAUCAUAUAAAGAAAAAGCCGUCAUUGCCAUUGCCUUCUGGUACAGAGAGAGCCUCUAUUCCUCGUCAGAAGAACAUGCAGAAAACAAUUCCCAAGCUACCGCAGGCGGCGAGAAGAAAAGGCGACCCUGUACCACUUCCGACAAAGCUUGUAUCUCAAAAGAAAGCAACCAGAGCUCUACCCACUGCAGUACAGGUGGGGGUACCCAGGCUACAGAAAGAAGGGCCUAACGGCAAGGGAACACCGCCAGGUAAUCAGGAUCAGAUGAAAAAAACAGUACCUGGGACUAAAAGGACCUCGCUCAACGAAACAGUCCAAGUUCCAACCAAAAAGAGACCUGUUCCUGUUCUUAAAAACCAGUUCGCGGAACAAAGAAAAAACUCGCAGCCUCAGAAGCUUCGUGGCUUAGGACUUGGAAAUGCAGGAGCUGGAAAUUCACCUUAAUGUAUGAAAAAUAAAGUCAGCGGCAUCGAAUCAAAAGGCAUGGCGGAAAUCCAUCCGAGUUGAUAUUGCAACGGUUGCCUUAAAUUGUUUGUUUGUUCGUUUGUUUGUUUUUUAUAUAGGAAACCGAUCCACCUUUUUGAUAGAUGCUUAGCGCUAGGAUAAUUGGCUAAGAGAUUUUAGCUGAUAUUGUAACCGAAUACAAGACUCUAGUAAAAUAAGCCGAGUUAAAGUAAGUAACACUAUUUUUUCACCGACAAAAAAAAUUAUGCACCCUGGGGUCAAGGGUCGUGUGUAUGAUACUAGGUUAAUAGAUCAUGGUUACACGCAGGAAGCAUGAAAAAACCUUAGGUAAACUUUCACAUGAACGACUCAAUAACUGCAAACAUACCCAAACGAACUGAAUACAGCUUUUACGCUUUCCGAGUGAACUCUAUUACCUAACUUAAUGAUGCUCAAAUGUUUUCAAUAAAGAACACAGUGAAACCAUCAGUUUUGGUUUUUCCUCCUAAGGAAAACUUUCAACGGUCAUUCUAAUUCCUUUGUUCCUUCCUCUUGUAUCAGCCCAUUUCCUAGAAUCUUAUGUCUCCUUUCACAGGUUUUUCGCAUCUCUGUUUUUUUGUCUUUUUGGUUAACGCAACAUGAAGAUUUAACGUGGUGCAAAAUCUACCUAAAGCUGCAGAAAUGCUGAUUUGCUUUCCUAACAAAAUGUAGCACGGAGUAAAAUAUAAAAAAAAACGUAUUCAGGGUCAGCCAGCACAACUAGACGAGUUUAAUGCAGCCCAAAGGGGUUGAAAAACUCCUCUUCGCAACACAGUGAGUGAAGAGAAAUUGUUAUCUCCGGCAAAAACUGAAACGUAGUAAGCGCGUGUAUCUACAGAAUUGUUUUCCAUACUUUUCUCAAUCGUCCUCAUAGUGCGCGCAACACAGGGUUGCGUUGGGGUAGAAAGGGUUGACGUGUGAUUUUCCUGACUUAAUGGGAGGCACACUUAUGAACUCAAUGUCUCAACAAGUCUUUUACGUUAAUUCUAUCAUAAAUCGACUCAAACGUGGACAUGCGUAUAAAAAACAAUAAGUAUUCGACGCUUCCGAGUUCGCGGCCUACGUCUUCAGCGCUCUAUUGUCUUUCUCAACAGUGCGCGCUCAAUGGAAAAUUAACUCGCGCACCUGCAAAGUUUUGCCGUUCGACUUUUAGUGCCCUUUCUAAUAGGAGAAAAGCGUUAGCGAAACAGUGAUCAUGGCCCAGUUCCAAAGUGGUAAUGGCAGUAAGGUGUCGAUCAUUCUACCAAGAAUUCAAAUGCAAUUUUUUAUACAACUGAUUAGUUUUUUCACGAACAAAAAGGCCAGUUUAGAAAUGCGACAAACCGAUAUUUAUUUACAUGCCCUGGAAUUAUGAAUUGAAUAAAGUUUUUUUUUUCCGGUAAAACUCCAGCUUCAGAUAGUUUACCAGGUUAUUGUUCCACAACUGUCUGAGUUAACUCCAGUCUCAGCAGUAAUGGUGUAUUUUGAGGUCUCUGAAGAUUCUUUGGUAUUAUGACACACACCCAUACACCUCCACUGUGACACUUAAAAACCACAAGCACGAUGACUAUCAACCCGCUUCCCUCGAUUCUCAAACCUUCCUGCUCCACCCCCCUGGGGAUAAACUGGGCCAAGACACUUCUAAAUCCAGAGCCUAAGACACUAGGCACCAGGCCUUUGUGUUUCCCAAAGUAUUGAAACGGUUCUCGUAGUUCCAAGAGAGAUAUCUCUUAGAGGUCUUAGUUGGCCUGACGUAAGACUUACAGAUACAACCAACAUGCAUGAAAUCAAACAAAUUCCUUUUCUAGACAAAUAAACACAGUGCUAACCAACAGUUUGGCAAGUGAAAUAGAAACAAAUUUCUGUUCCGUUUAAAACAUUUAAAACGGAAUACAAAAUGUUCAUAAAUAUUUAAAAGCAAACUGCGACAUUCUGACUUUUUCAGUUUGUGAGCAAGGUGACCUCCAACUGGUGCCUGGGUCAGCAAAAUGCAUAGUCUACGGUUCACUUAAUGGCUUUAAAAUCGACUGAGGAUAUGAUAAAAUCGGUGUGGAAAACAAACCAUAUUUUGCGGAGAAAAAUCCAACGGAAGAUGUGAUAGAAUGUUGUCUAAGAAUGAAGAAAUACUUGGUAACUUUCGUGUGGCUUUUGUCUUCUUUGUUUAUCGAUAGGGUGGAAUCGACUGGUACUUUGGACCAAUUAUCAGGUAGGGUAAAGACCUAAUUCUGUCAUAGUGUAGUUUAGGCUACCAAAAUAACAAUACCAAUGUUUGUGCAAAUAUUAAAAAUCUUUAAUUACUUUCACAUAAACGCUUCUUGUAGAAAUGCUAUAGUGAAAUGAGAAAGCGUCAAAUGGACCGAAAACAUUGCGAAUCGUGUUUUUUUUGUAUAGUGUUGGAUGGUUAGUCUGUUCAAGCGUUCCAUCAAAGGCUUAUAUUCCCUGAUAUACGAUUUUUAAGCGGUCAUGUUACCGUUCGGUCGGACCAAACCGGGCUAACGGGCCAGACGUAACCAUGUCACAGACCUUUCGGGUCUUCGUUUUUAGGUCUUCGUUUUCAAGUCUUCGUUUUCGGAUCUUGGUUUGAGAGCUUAUAUGAUAGAAGUACUUAAAGGUGUUACGAGACAAUGAAUGCAACUGUUUGUAAAUAUAUGUAAGUGAUAGAAAUGGUCAAAUUUCGAAAUUUAUUAUUUUCGUACAGGAAAUAUGCCUUUCCAUUACAGUAUGUCAAUUUAAUUUGAGAUCUCACAAGUAUUAACCUGCAAAGAAAAGUACCCUCUUUGGCUUUUUUUAGUUUGAAAUGAAGUUGACAGAAAAUACAAGUUUAAGAAAAAACAGAAGUAUUGGGAAGAUUUUUUAUGGGAAUCAUUCAGUAAGUUUCUUUUUGUUAAUUAUCGCUUACUGUAUCAAUCUGCAGUUCGAACAGCAACCCCAGGUUCAUCAGGGAGCCCAAGAAGUGAAAUUGAUUUGGAAACAGGUGAGAUGCUGGUUGAAUAGAUCGCUACAUAUCGAUAAAGAUGCAUGCGAAUACGAGUACAAUUUUCAUCUGGCAAGUGCAGUAUGUUAUAUCACAGUUGUAGUUCAAGAAUUACUCAAGCUGGCCUGGCCAUUGGCAAAGACACUAUACCCUUGCGCUGCCUCCCUCAGCGUAAAAAUCGGAUCCAGAAAAUCGAUGAGUAUCAGAAAAUUCUCGGUGGAACCACAUAAAUGUUUGCGUCUGACUUAAUUUAAAACCUGCAGCAAGAAAGAAGGACAGAAGGACAGAAGGGGUGGGGGAGUGGAACAUGCGUUGCCAUCACUGAAUAAGUUUAACGAACCAAUCCAUGGGUAAAUUUGGAGCAUGUCAGAACCAGAACAUUUGCGAGCAGAAAGAUUUUCUGCAUGAAACAUUAACUGUCCGGUUUAAUUUGUUUCUGUCUUAGAUAAGUCUGUCAUUAUUUGUGCUGGUCAGAACAAGUCAUUGGAAUGUUUCUCUCCUGGAUCAACCAUCGCUAUAGAGGAAGCUUUCUGGGGACGCUUGUCAGCCGAAAUAUGCCCUUCGGAGGACGGAGAUCCUGUCACGAACUGCCUCAGUGAUCCCACCACCACACCUAUCGUACGGAAUCUGUGCGAUGAUAAGGAAUACUGCGAGAUACCCGCCCGGCACAACGUUCUACAGCCCCCAGGGGUUAAACACUGCCCUGGUGUAAAUAAAUAUUUGGCUGUUAAGUAUACAUGUAUGCCUGAAAAGCGAAAAUUUGUGCUGUGCAACGGUGAGACAACUGAGCUUCAGUGCGGUCAGGGAUGGAAGAUACAUAUCAUGUCAACCUACUGGGGUAGAGAUUCGCCUUCCACUUGCCCUACUCCCUUGGGGAAGUUCUUCACUUGCGCAAACUCAGCAAGCAGUAUUUUAGCGUUGAAGGAGAGAUGUUCUGGAAGGGAGAGUUGCAUUGUAACGGCAGAUGAUAAACAUCUUACUAAAGAUGGAAACCACUGUCCAGGGAUUGACAAGUAUGCUCUGAUCAGCUACAGAUGCCAGCCACCUAGCGAUGUCGUGGGUUAGUGAGCUGAGACAAAAGUUGAAAUUAAGGAAUGAAAAAUUUUUUUUAUCUGGCGUCUUUCCUCCCUCGAGGACUGAGGUGUGAAUCCUCGUGAGGUCUCUUAUCUUUUCAUAAAGAGAAUGCUUUGUAUUGACCCACGCCGGUGAUUAGUAAAAACAGCUUAUCUUUCCUAAUUCGAAGACGGAGAUACUUUUGUACCAUCGCUCUUCAGCUAAUUAGGCUUUCAACAUUACUGAUCCUAACAGUAGGCUGGACACUUGUCACAUAUGAGCCUAGUAGUUGAACCAGAGGUCCUACGCUCGAUUUCUGACAAAUGAAUAAAAUAUCUUUCUUUACGAUUUUUUAUCUUAGCAGAUAUGCCCAACUCAGAUGGCGAAAAGCAGCUGCUUGAAACAUUACAACAGGACACAGUCAGACCACUACACUCCUUGCUUCAUCUGACACCAAAUGCAAAGACUCCAUUCCCCGCUCAGAGAGUUGGUGAACUAAACUUAAGUAUGUUGCUUCCAGUUCCUCAGUACAAUCAUUCUGAUCAGCUAAAACCAAUUUUCGAUUUUCUCGGAGGACAAAGUGACGGAAAGAAUAAAUCAUCGCUCGGAGAAAAUCUGCCUGUUCCAAAAGAUUCCUGGCCGCUUUGGUCAAAUAAAAAGGACACCUCAACUUCAGCAGCUCAAGGUGGCAUUGGAGCUUCUUCACUCGCGAAACACAAGGGUAUAUCACUAUCAAGAAAGCUGCCUGUGGCUAACCUCGCUUUGAACUCUGAACCGGGCGUGGGUAAUAGCCAGGAAUCUCCCACAAAAAAACCUGAGUUUAUCUCACGUGUAAAUCCAACUUCCUCCAUGAAGUCAGUAUCAUCUAAUGACGCGAACGUUCACGAUGUCUUAAAUGCGAUAUCGCCUUUGUCUAAAAAUUCCCCUUCACAAACACCUUUAGAGUCUUCAAUGAAUCAAUCACCAAACCCGCAAGUCUCUACUACAAUAGAGCCAUUUGAGAGCCUUAUAAAAACUUUUUUGACGAGCAAAUUUGGACAAACGUUGUCGAAAAGUCUACUUGACUCGGGUAGAACCGAGGAUUCUUCAUACAAAAACAUAAUGGCGCAGCAUUUUGGCUCUGCUGUUCAAGCAAGCCCACCUUCAGUCAGUAAGACAUCAACAAACGAACACACGGUCGCAAAUCUCCUAUCCGGCCUGAUACAUCAACCGUCAGGCCAUGGACCAGCAAGCAUUUCGGCCGCAAACAAGGACAAUGAACAGAUAGCCACUAAGGGUAACAACAAAAUGUCCUCUGCGACGAUUUCUAUAGGAAAUAAAGAAUUUUCAUUGGCUGAUUUAUCCAAAGCUUUAAACAACGAUCAGCAGGCUCCAAAUGAAUUACAAGGUACAAAAACAGAAGUUCAGUCAUCAAAAGAGAGUCACAAGCAGCGAACCAAAGAGAAAAUUAGGAAGCUAAAUGAAAAGAUUGCCACACUAGAAACUCUAAGCGAUGCAUUGGAUGCUUUGACAACGCGACUAUCGCCAGAGGAAAGCCAAGGAGAAAACAAGCAGGAAGAAAUCUCGCCCAGCUCAGAGGAACCAGUCACUUUAGGGCGAGACAAACGUAAAAAGCAUCAUACACAUCAUAAUCGUCAUCAUCAAAGUUAUGAGUUCACGCAAGACAUGAAUAUGAUAGGAUCCCUCUUAGGUUGGGAUACACCCGAUACAGAGAUAGAGAAGGAAACUCCUCUCGUUCGAAAAAAGGAUGAGGACUCGAACUCAAUUGAGGGGAUAAAAGGGAAUAAAGGGUUAAGUUCAAAAGACUUACAAACUUUGCAAAGCAAGAUAAAUAAGGCGAUAGAAGUGGCUGAAACUGCAGGAAGAAAGCACGAUUCUAAGAGGCCAACUCCAUCCGCGUUGUUACCGCUCCUUUUAUCGGGAAAGUUAGGCGAAGAUGUUGGGGCACAAACACGAGAAGAAGUAGCAACCAUUCAUUCCAGCCAAGGAGCAUCAAAAGGAUUUCUUCCAGCCACGGACAAGGAGCUGCAAGCGUUGCAAGAUAUUUUAACUAAGCUGAUUGACAACGCCAUGAGAAAGGGUACAUUGAAGCAGUUAGUGAAACGAUGGGAUAAGAGUGGAGGUCCGUUUGCAGACAUUGCAAGAAACAUAUCAGAAUAUUUAAAGGGAAACAGCAAAAUGAAAAGACCAGUUACACUGCUGGGAGUUGCAAAAAACUUUGCCGGCAAAGGUGUAACAGUUCCAGGUAAUUUGACUUCCCAGUUGUCAAAAGGCGCUGCGGGUCAAAAAAGUGGAUUAAACAAUAUCAAAACGUCUGCUCUUUUUACUGAAGCUGUAAACGAACUGCUUGGGGCGCUUUCGAAGCGCCAUGGACUACACAGAAGAAAUUCCACGAACCGUUCGUCAUUUGUGCCAACUAAUACUCUAGUUAACUUUAAAGGAGUACUUCUUGGAGGGCGCAUUAACAAGCUCCCGCCCCCAGAAGAUCCGCUAGCUGUCAUGGAAAGUAAGGUUCUUGCAGAAAUCUUGAGCGGAAAAAAAAACAAAACGCUUGUCACAAAUUCUUCUGGAGCUAACAAAGCACUGAAUAAAGAUAGCAGCAGAAUUGACCUGACGCACAAUAAUCACACACAACUGGUUCAACAUCCUUUAGGUGAACAGAUUAAACAAAAACUCUCCUUCUCAAGCUAUGAAAAAAAGAACGUAUCUAAAAGCAUUCGGAAUAACACCUUGAUGGAUUUCAUGAACAGUAUGGAGAUAUCUGAGAGAGCUAAAAGCCUUCCAAAGAAUGCUAAACCUGGUAAUAAACAUUCUAAAGUGAGUCCUCGUAUCGAUGAUUUGAUGACGGUGAUUGCAGCAAGUCUAUUAGAUCUUAAUGAGGUCAAAGAGGGGAACUCUUCAAAACACAAGCCAUUAAUAAAGUACGACGAGAGUGGUAUUGAUAAAUUUCCAAAUGACCAUAAGAUAAGCGACUUUUCUAGUGGAGACGCUAUACUGCAAGCACCCACAGAUCACUCAGCAUAUGUUACCAGCAAUACCAGCAGCAGUAAUCGAUCCAGUGAGCUGAAUAAGUCUACGAAAUUGCCUAUUAAAGUUACUUUGCGACAGAAUAAUACGAAAGACGUUUUACCAAAUGAAAAAACCAAAGCUACAGCUGGAGAAACCCAGAAAAUUGACUCCGGUGAUCAGACAGUAACGUUAACUUUGGAAACGUUAGAUGACGUUCCCACGCCCUCCCCGCCACACAAUGAAACGACCACGAUACAAAACGGAUUACGUAAUGAUAAAGUGCCACAUUAUCUCAACGUUCAAUCAGUGGUAACACUUGGUAAAAUAAACGCCACUCAUGCGAAAGAUAAAGAGCAUUCCUUUACACAAAGAAUAAUCAAAGAGGAACCAAAGGUGGAAUCUGAUUUUACCGUGGGCACAAGGAGGCCUGAAGUAGCUCUGCCAUCAGAUGAUGACGGAAAAUUAACGACCAUCUCGGCUUCCCCUGAGUUAAAUCCUGAAACUGAGGGAAAUACCCAGAAGCCGUCAAACCAAGAUCCUCCCCUUAAUUUGCAAAUGAAUGCCAUAGGUAGAAUAGCAGGAAAUACUGACCAGUCAUCCGUCACACCCGCUGAUCUGUUUGCUGCCUUGACGCCGAUUCCAGAGCUCUCCCCUGGAUCCUUGGCCUCUAACAUUGGCGAGACAAAAUCUUUCGAAGACAAAGUUUUACCAAUAGCCUCAGAUUUAACUCUGUCAACCGAUUCUAAAAGCGGAGAAACCGAGAGCAUUGCUUCAAAAGUGUCACCUUCUAAUGAUGACAAUUCCAGCCUUAACAAACCAAGUUCCCCUGCUAUCACACAAGGAGGCGACACCAGACCAACCGCGGCUGAAAUACGAGAAAUAUCAACCUCAAUCAAGGCUUUGUUGAAAGUUCUAAACACCUAUUCAACGAAGUUAAGACUUGAGGACGAUCAAGGCGAAGAAGCUUCACCGAAGGGCACACUCCCUACAAGGAGCAGCACAGUCAGUAAAAUGAACACUAGUGGUACAAACGUAAAGGAAGAGGAGCUGAAAAAACCUUGGAAAACAGAGCUUCCAGCCACAAAGUAUACCAACAACGUAUAUGCAAGCUUUCCUGUCUCAUCACCAACACUACCCAAAUAUGCUGAUAGUGGCGUGUUCGAAAACAUCCAGGAACAGCCACGUACAGAAGCAAGUAACUUCAAUUGGAAUCCAGCACAAGAGCGCAUGCGUGCCCAAUUACCUUUCGACGUGAGCCCCACGAAGACAAGCUUGGAGCCUCAAAUGGGUGCUGAACAGUGGAGGCCUGGGAACGAAAUAAAUACCAUCGGUGAAGAGCUUAAAGAGUUGAAUUUACCUUCCAUUGAGGAUGACCCCACGGUGCGAGCAGUUCAAAAAAUGGUUGCAGACGAAAAUGCGUUGAUAAGCCAGAAACGAAAAGCGAUUCAAAGGGUCAAGCCUCAGGUUUCUAGUACAGCUAAGAGUCAACUGCCAGGUAGACCAGGAGUGUUUAGUCGCAAUAAAAUACCGAAACACAGAGGUCAUCCAAGAAAUAGUUCGCUUGUGGAAAGUGAAAAGAACCACAAGAAAUUUCCUUCUUUGGAUCAAAGGAACAAGAAAAGGAAGAAGGAUGCAAGAGACAGGAACAUCAUCGCAAAGCUGAGCAACAAUACGAGUUCUCACCACAACACAUCGAUUGUUGGUAACAUAACAACCCCCUUACCUACCCCACAAAGGAAUGUAACCCACCAAAAUGAUAAAAAAUUCUACAUUAAAAAAGUGAUACGGAAAAACACACACUAUACCAAGACAAUGAGGAACAGAGACGAAAUACCCGGCGAACCCGUCAACACACAUAGACUUAACGAUUCUGCGCAUGAAAUGCAAGGCAAGUCGAAUAUUCAGAAAAGGCCGGUUCACACAAACAUAACUUCUGCUGGAGUGGCUGCGGCUCUGAAAAGUACCAAGCACGGAAAACGAAAAGGGAAAGCUUCUGCUGAAGAAAAAAGUUAUGACGGAUCACACCGCACUAAUGUCGUCAGUGAUAUGACAACCGUCAAGAAAGUCACAAAAGAAAAACUAAACGUUGCUGUCAUUAAAGGAAUCGCCCCAAAUAAAAAUGGAACUGUGUUAAAACAGAACCACGAUAAACCAUCAAACGUCACAAGCAAAAUAAACUAGCGACUUAAACUUCAAAUCCUUGCACGAGAGACCAGCCGGGUUACGUCAUAAAUGCACACUAGGUUAGCCCUUUAACCCCUAAGAGUGCUUGAAUUCUAGUUUCUCCUUACAGUAUCAGCCUUAAAUCAAAUGUAAAGUUAAUGAGAAUAAAGAAACUAAUAACAAAUUUAAGAAGGUCCCGAUCGUUGAACAAUUCGUGUUGUCAGUACCAUGGGAAAAGUAAAGAGAACAGAUUGGAGAAUUUUGAUACCAAUGUUAAGGUGUAAUUUUAAGGGUGAAACAAAAUAGAUUUCUUGGACUAUGGUGAUGUUACAGAUGUAAUGCGUUAUCUGCAUGAAUGAGCUCCAUGUUCAGCGAUAAGUCUUUUAUUUAAAAGCGUAGAGUUGAUGCUUCAAUCAAACGCGUUUUUUAAAAAGAUGAUUGGGAAAAAAAAAGCUGCGUCGAAGUCUAAUGAAUAAUUUUAGUUGUAGAAAUAAAAAUUAAUAGAAGUAUCACCCAUUCAACCGACGCAAUUGACCUCAGAAUAAUUGAACGCGCACUUUGUCGAAAACUCAGCUGAAUAAAAUCUUAUUCUUUUUCUCAAUGAACCGAUCACCAGAAUUAAACAUGAAGAAAUAAAUAAACCACCAUAGUAUUCACCAUUUCGGUAUACGAUAAAAUCUUACAAAAUAAAAGAUAGGUCUUCGACCUCUUUGGUUUCAGUUUGAUAACGAUGAAAUCAAUUGUACUGUAUAGUGUGUCAAUCACGCGACACUUUUCGGUAAGGUCAAUUGGAUGCCAUGAUGAUAAAUUGUCAAAGUUAUGAAAGUAGGAGAGUUGUUCACUAAUUGAGAAAUUAAGGGCAAGGAAGUAUGACAAAAGGAAGUCAUGGGUAGUGCGAUGGGUUUUAGUUUUUUUUUAAAGCAGAAAUAUGUACGCUUAAGUUCCUCUACUAAAAUUAUUAAUUGAUCUAUUCAUUUCAUUCAAAAAUUGUCACCAAACCAAGAUGUUUUAUAUGUAUUUAUCAUCACACCUGUAAAAGUUGGCGGCAAUACUAUGAAAAUUAUGUGCUACUGCGCGAUUAAGAAGUGACGAAGCAACUGUAUAAACAGAAUAUUGUGAAAACCGAACGGAUAAAAAAAUCAACAUUCUCAUUGAGUCUUGGGUGGGAGUCGAAUGCGUUUAACAUGAAAUUGAUAUAUAGCUGUUUUUGCUUUGAAAAAGACCCAAACUCUCUAUAUUCUCCGGUUCAAAAUGUAUUGAAAUGUUUUAAAGAAUGAUAUAAUCAUAUAUCAAACGACAACGGGUACAACAGCAAAAACUGUUUAAUUUCUAGUCAAUAUUCUAUGGUAAUUACAGUCAAUAUUCUAUGGUAAUUACGGUCUGCGGUCUGGUUAUAAGAAUAUUUGAGAAAGUAAAAUGGAAUUUACACGUAUUUCACUCGCCAUAUUCGGUACACAAGAAGGAAGUUGAAUCAGUUCGAAUCUUCCUGAUUUGCUGAUGAUAAUUUAGCUUCCGUUUAAGUAAUACUAGAGGUACAUAAGUUUAAUAAAAAUCCAAUCAGAGAAAAAAUGUCAUGGUUGGCUGCUAUUUACAAAGCUUUAUUUGCACAUCAGAAUUAUUAAUUUUUUGACACGGCAAUGAAAUAGCGAUCGAUGUAUGUAAAGUAAACCUUCCAUUGAAACAUAUUUAAGACUGAUGAUUUUGCAUCGUUGAGAAGCUGAGGUAAAUUAACGGCUGUGAUCUAAACCGGAAGUUGUUAUUUACUGAUCUAUUUAAAAUCUUAAACGGGGUGAGCGACUUUUAUUUUCCGACUGUCACGUGUCAAUAAGGAAAGCGACCACCGUAGCACAAAAAAAUGGCGGCCGUCAACUAUGUUUUCAUAGUAAUAGUAAUUGUAAUUUCUUCCUACAUUACUGGAUCUAAAUCUGGAGGAUUUUGUGAUGUUCGGAGGAAGAGAAUUGUCUCGUCUUUAGUACACGAAGGCUACAUUCAUAACGAAGAUCUGAAAUGUUUGCUCCGAUCUCUCGUGUAUCAACAUCGCAACAUCGCCCGUCUACACAGAAUUGGCAAAUCAGUGUACAAUCGUGAAUUGCUCGCCAUUCAAAUAACUGAAAAUCCACGGAUAAGGAAGCCAGGAAAACCGAUGUUCAAAUAUGUCGGAAACAUGCACGGAAAUGAAGCAGUGGGCAGACAAGUGCUGAUUUAUCUCAUUGCUUACUUACUCGAAAAUUAUGGUCAAAACGAUCGAGUCACUAAGUUGGUUAACAACACUGAUAUAUUUAUUAUGCCUUCAAUGAACCCGGAUGGCUUUGAAAAAGCAAUAGAAGGUAUCUGCUCUGGUGAAAUUGGACGUCCUAAUCGUAACGGUGUCGAUUUAAAUCGUAAUUUUCCCGAUCAGUUCAAUAAUUGGAACGACUACAAUGUCGGAUCAGCACAACCAGAAACAAAAGCCAUGUUGAAGUGGAUUCUGGAAACUCCUUUCGUAUUGUCGGCGAAUUUACACGGUGGGUCCCUUGUAGCAAGCUAUCCAUAUGAUAGCAAUAAAGAACACAUAAGGUCUGGUGGAUACAGUGCAUCACCGGAUGAUAAUUUCUUCAGACAUUUAGCUAGCGUUUAUGCCACGAAACACCCGACAAUGGGUAAAAUGGGGAAAAGAGACUGCACCCGUGGCCAAUUUACAGGGGGUAUUACUAACGGUGCCUACUGGUAUGAUGUCGCGGGUGGCAUGCAAGACGUCAACUACCUGAUUAGCAAUUGCUUUGAAAUCACACUUGAAUUAUCCUGUUGUAAAUAUCCAUCCAAAAGCCAUUUGCCAAGAGAGUGGAAUAACAAUCGCGAGGCGUUGUUGGCAUACAUAGAACAAGUGCAUAGAGGAAUCAAAGGGUUUGUCAAAGAUCAACAUGGGGUUGGUAUCCAAAAUGCAGUGGUUCAUGUGCAUGGAAUAGAUCAUAACGUAACAACAGCGUUACAUGGUGACUUCUGGCGUCUUUUGUUGCCAGGGGUGUAUACAGUCAGUGUUUAUGCUUCAGGACACAAUUGCCAAACACUGAGUAAUAUUAGUGUGAGCUCUGAGGAAGCUACACCAUUGGAAUUUGUGUUAGAGAGAAAUGAAAAUCAGAGAGAUACCCCUUUGCGUCACAUACCAUGGCUCACAGAACGGUUUUUUAGAACUAGGAGAGAUCUGUCUGCCAGCUUUCAACUUGCUAACCAUAAAGUUGAAGUUCCCUUCACAAGCAUCAGCCUUACCAGUAAAGAUUACACUCAAGUUGUUAAUGACUGGGAGAAACCAAGGAUAUUCAAAAACCAUAAUUUUCAUGACAUGGCAACAUUCCUACAGACAAUAAUAAAGUUGUAUCCAAAUAUCACUAAGCUGUACUCAGUUGGAAAGUCAGUGCAAGAAAGGGAGUUGUGGGUGAUUGAAAUUACUGACAACCCAGGAAUUCAUGAACCAGGAGAACCAGAGUUUAAGUACGUUGGAAACAUGCAUGGUGAUGAGGUUGUUGGAAGAGAAACCCUUUUGCUUUUAAUUCAAGCUCUUUGUGAGAACUAUGGCAAAGUACCUGCGAUAACAGCACUUGUAGAUUACACUCGCAUCCAUAUUAUGCCCUCAAUGAACCCUGAUGGAUAUGAGCGAGGUACUCGUCAAAAUGCCAGAAAUGUUGAUCUAAACAGAAACUUUCCAGACCAGUUUUGGCCAUAUAUGAAUAGGAUUCACCAGCCAGAAACUUCUGCUGUCAUGAAAUGGAUAACUUCCAUGCCAUUUGUGCUGUCAGCAAAUCUUCACGGGGGCUCCAUUGUAGCAAACUAUCCAUAUGACGAUUCACCUGGCAAACAAAAAAGUUCAUACAGCAGGAGCCCAGAUGAUGCUGUCUUCCGACAGUUAGCAUUGUCCUACUCCAAGGCACACCCUACUAUGGGAGGAGGACGGCCCUGUUCUGAUUACCCUGAUGAAUAUUUCAAAGAUGGUAUUACUAAUGGGGCAGAAUGGUACAGUGUUAUAGGUGGAAUGCAAGACUACAACUAUGUACACUCAAACUGCUUUGAAAUUACCAUAGAGAUGAGUUGUGUGAAGUUUCCUCCUGAGUCUAAACUCAAAUCCUAUUGGGAUGCCCAUAAGGUGUCUCUUUUGACAUUUAUGUCUCAGGUCCACACUGGUGUGAAAGGCUUCAUAAAAAAUGAGCAAGGGGUUGGAAUUUCCCAUGCCACCAUUUCUCUUUCUGGAAUAAGACAUAACAUCAGCUCUGCCAAUGAUGGUGACUACUGGAGACUCCUAGUUCCAGGGAGCUACAUUAUUACUGCCUCUGCUGCAGGUUACAUUUCUUCUACCCAAAGUGUUGUUGUUCCUUCUGGUCUAGCUACAGAACUAAAUUUUGUAUUGAGACAGGUUGGACAGCCCUCAAUUGCCACAGAGAAGAUACCCCUCCAAAGUUUCACCACCCAAAAACUUUACCCUGUGGAAACAAAUACAACCCCUCAAGAAACAGCUUUUUCCCAACAAACCUCUGUACAUCAGCCAACUUCAAGUUCUGUUACCUCAAGUCCUGCAGAAAUAAAAUCAACUGUUAAAGUCCUGGUCCCUUCUCAAUCAGUAGGUAGGUUGAAUUUAAUUUUAUCUAGUAUGUUUAAGUUUACACCUCUCAGAAACAAAAAAACUGGUUUAUUUCUGUCUAUAUGCCAAAAAAUGGUUGGAAAAUAAUUAAAUUGUCAAGAGGUGGUUUAUCUCUUUGGCUGCUUGGAGUUGAAUAGCACUCGUAAUCACUUCCAAACCACCAAUCGGCAUGCAAUAAAAGCACUAUUCACCUGUGUGGUAUAUACUAAUUUUCAAUAUUCAUGUAAAAUAGACAAAUUUCUCAUAGUGGAAAGAUAGCAAGUAUGAGUAGUUUAAGGAUACUUCACUCAGAAAUCUGGGACUCUUUUUUUUUUCCAAACAAACUUUAGGGUAUGAUUGAAACCACUAUAGUAACCCUGGGGCCCUGAGAGUGACUAGCAUCUCGUUUCUCUUACAAUGUAACCCUCAAGCACUCAUUAAGGCCAGGAGAAAAAAGGGAAUUAUCACCACCUAAAGAAGCUCUUGAUUGUUAAACAAAUUCUCCUUGUCAGCACCUUAGGAAAUGCAUAGGUUACAGUAUGGAGAAUAUGCGUACUGAUGUUAGGAUGGAAAGGGUUUAAGAUACAUCAUAUUGAACAUGAGAUACACAAAAGAACAAAAAAUAAGAGAGCACAAGAACAAUGUAAGAAGUCCCACUAGUAUGGAUUAACCCUUUAACUCCCAGGAAGUGAUUAACAUAAAACUUCUCCCUACAAUAUCCAUACAUUCUUCAGCAAACAGGUAAUGAGAAUAUUCAAACUUAUCAGGUAGAAGCUGCUGUAUUGAUCUAGCACCAAGUUCUCAUAAAUAAUUUACAAGGAAAUGUGUAGCAGCUACAGGGGAGAAUUAACAAUCAGAUCUUGGGAGUUAAUGAGUUAAGAGUCCUCAUGGUAGCUUUUCUAUCCAGGAAUGUUAGAAAUUAAAGAAUAUUUAUUUUAUGGAAAGCCUGUGAAAUACAAGAGGACAAAUAGAAAGUUUUACCAUCCUGUUUAGGAUUAAAAAAAGUACCAAAAUGCUCUUAUAUCAUUAACCCACAUACUCUAAUGUCAUUUUGGAUAAGAUACAAACCAGUUUUUUUUUUCAUAUUUCCUUCACCAGUCUUGUCAGUGAAUUACUCUCAACACAAUUACCAACAGCUGACAUCUUUUCUUAAAGAGCAAGCUAACAAGUGUUCUAGCAUAACCAAGCUGACAACUAUUGGAACUAGCCGUGAAGGAAGGGAAAUCUAUUCAUUGGUAAUGACAGUGAUGUCUGCACACGAAGAGGGUAAAGCUCAUGUUGGACUUGUUGGUAGUUUAGAAGGAACUGACAUAACUGGGAAAGAGCUUCUUCUUAAAAUGAUUGAGUACCUUUGCAACAAAUAUCAAGGAAAGGACGAUAGUGUCACCAGACUUCUUCAGAGCACAGUUCUUCACAUUGUUCCAGCAGUAGAUCUUGAUGGAAAUGAAAAGGCAAGAGAGGGUGAUUGUAAUGGAAUAAUGGAACCUAAAGAUGACUUAUCAAGAAGUUUUUAUUUCAACCUAACUCAGAACGAGCAGAGUACACUGCUAAAGAAUAUUGAAGAGGUGAGAUGUGGUGAUUUUUACUUAGAUGUUUUAUUCUUAAUGUUGACAGUAGUGAGUGGCAUCAAAGGGGAAAGGAAAAUUAGUUGCAACCAGAGCAUGGUGGAAUACGAGUAAACCUUGCUCUUGGGAUCUUUCUCUUCCUCCAGCCACCAGGAGGUUGAAAGAGGAGGAACCAUUCGAUUUAGGCUGGUGAUAAAGGGGCUUGUAAGAGCUUCAGCUGUGAAAAAACUGUUCCCUUCUCACUGCUACCAUCUAUAUUGGACUGGAAGCAACAUAGGGUAGUGUUUGUUUGCCUAUUAGUUUCUUGAAUGUCAGGUUAAGAUCUCAAGAUUAGCCAACAAACUUUUCCUGUUGCUUAGAUCUGUGGUUAAAAGUGGAAGGAUUUUUAAGACAAAAAUUUAAAGUGAUACCUAGAAUGUUCCUUUUAUUCUAGUUUCUUCAGUCAGCCGCUGAUGAACCUCAGGAAGUUAAACAUUUGAAAGAGUGGAUGAACAAGCAUAACUUUGUACUUCUGGCUGACUUUAGUGGGGGUGAAUUGGUGGCAAGGUGAGGAGUGCAAAAUUGUUUCUUUUGUUUUGCAGGAGGGGGAAGUUGUUGUUGUUGUUAUAAAUCUUAUUUCAUAAUUAUCUUAUUUCUUAUAUUCUUAUAUAAGAAUAACACUUUUUUAUCGUACAACAACUUGAAGUGUCAUUCUGCCAUUUCUUUCGUCCAAUCAGUUCAGACAAACGAGACAAGCGCGAAGCGAGCGCAACGGGUGACUCAAGCGCAAGUGGAGAAGACUGGAAACAAAUACGUCCACAGGGAAACCAGGCUUUUUUUGUCACGCUUCCCGCCUAGCGCGUUCUCACCCCCGUGCUUGUCUGGCACUUACUGCCGCUUGUCUGAAAAACGUAAUUGAUGACGCCUGUCCCGUGGGCAACUUGAAAUCGAGUUCCACCCUGUGUCUAAAUAUAAUCUUCCACUUCAUUUCACAGGUAUCCCAUGAGCGUCCAUACCUCCCACAGUGAAUAUGUGAAAGGUUCAGUGACAACAGAUGACAAGUUGUUUAAAGAGCUUGCUCUUAGCUAUUCCACGAAUCAUCUCAGAAUGCAACAUGGAAGUAGUUGUAAUGAAUCUGCCGCUGGGUUUCCAAAUGGAAUAGUGAAUGGGGCACAGUGGAAAGAGUCUUAUUACACCAUGCAGGACUAUGCCUAUUUGAGUCUGGGCAUUCCACAACUCUCGUUCUUCAUUUCCUGUUGCAAGUACCCACCGCUCAAAGAACUAGAUAGUAUUUGGGAGGCAAAUCGUCAGGCGCUGUUAGGCUUUUUAGAAAAAGCUCAUCAAGGAGUACAAGGUGUUAUUCACAACCUAGAUCACCGUCCGGUAAAUGACACUACAGUCACAAUAAGGAGCCCAAACGCAGACAUUGUCCUCAAACAAAAUGGAGCAAAAUUCUAUCGAGCUCUUGCCAAGGGGAAGUAUAAGAUCACUGUGAAUGCACCGGGUUAUUCAAGUACUACCAAAGAGGUGACGAUCAGUGAAGGUUUAAGAGCAAACAUCAUGUUUAAUUUGCAUAAAAUACCACGAUUUUUCCAUCAUAAAUAUGCCGCCAUGGAGAAGUUUCUUCGAAACAUAUCGUCCACAUGUCCAGGCAUCACAAGGCUGUACAGCAUUGGACAAACUGUUCAGUUCCGCAACAUCUGGGUCAUGGAGAUCUCGGAUAACCCCGGGGUACAUGAACCAGGGGAGCCGGAGUUUAGCUAUGUGGGUGGCGUCCAUGGUAAUGAAGUAGUUGGUAAAGAGAUGCUGCUGAUGAUGAUUCAGCAUCUGUGUUUGAGUUACGGUAAAGAUGACUUGGUCACGCGGUUGGUAAACAGCACUAGAAUACAUAUCUUGCCUGCCCUGAACUCAGAUGGAUACGAGCUGGCCUCCGAAGGAGACUGUUCAUCUGACAAGGGAAGGAAUAAUGCUAGAGACGUGGAUAUCAACGCUGAUUUUCCGGGUAUGUUCUCGUCUUUGAAUUCAAAAUAAUCUCAUUAAGGAGCAUUUGAUGAAUCGUUUCGUGUCCAAGGUGAUGUUUUUGUAUCGGACUCAUUGAGCACUAAUUCAAAACUGUCAAAUUUCCAUAGAUACCACGUAGUAUAAGCUUCGUAACAACCAUUCCAUCCUUUUAACUCUCAAGGUUAAUUUUUAACUUUCGUGGAUGGUUACAUAACAUUUCCUCUCAAAUAAGUUCUGAGUUGGGCGCUAAAUCAAAAUGACACCAUCUAACUGACCAGUUCCUUCACUCUCAUAACCUGUUUGCUGGAUAAGAUGUCGAUGUUGUAAGGAGAAGUGAAAUGUUAAUCAGUCGAGGGGUUGAUGUCUAUCUGUACGUUUACCGGAUCAAUAUCAGUAUCUGGGCAACUGCCCACCUACCCCUCCCCUAACCCAACAUUAACCCUAACUUGUUAUCAAUAGACUGUUGUUGGGUUUGGGGAGGGGUAGGUGGGCAGUUGCCCAGAUACUGAUAUUGAUCCCGUUUACCUAUGUACUGAUACGUUUCGCUAUUCCCAUCACCGGUCUGCUGGAUGAUGCACUAGUGUUGCAAGAAGAGAUCGAGGUUAAAACAUUUCUGGAAGUAGUAGGGUUGGUUCUUCUAUACGUUUGUCCUUCACAGUAUGCUGCUAAUUUAUGGAAGAUGUCGCACACUAGAAACUCUCUUCUGCCUUUGGGCGUCCAGUUCAUCUUUUGGCGACUCCUGCCACAUAUAGCACAUUCAAUUAUCUUGCUGUUGUUGUGUUUUACAGAGUCUCCUGAGUCAUCGCAAAAGGUUUUGGAGGCUGAAACAAACGCCAUAGUAAAGUGGAGUAAGAAAUAUCCGUUUGUAUUGGCAGCCAGUUUAUAUGGAGGUUCACUUGUUGCAAGCUAUCCCUUUGAUGCCCACCCUAAGGGUCGCUCACUUCCCCACCCUACCAAUGACGACGACGUCUUCCGUUACUUAGCAAGUACUUAUGCUAACUCACAUCCAUCGAUGCAUUAUGGGAAGCCGUUAUGUCCAGGCCCUUCGGUCGGGGAGGAGUUUCCUAAAGGUAUCACAAAUGGAGCAGCUUGGAAGAGCAAGGAAGGUGGCAUGAAAGAUUACAUAUACCAAAAUUCCAACUGUUUUGAGAUCGGAAUACACAUGGGCUGUUGUAAAUUUCCCUACGCACAGGAGUUGGAGCAUCAUUGGAAAGAACACAAGGACCCUCUGUUCUUUUUUGUGUUUCAGGUAAGGAACAUAACUCUACGAAAAUUAAACUUUGCUUUUCGCACCGUCUACUUCAUGCAGAUGGGAGAACAUGAGAACUUUAGUUCCUGAACUCCAAUGAAUACAUCGCGACGCGACGCGAGCCACCCGCGCACACACGAUGCGAGCCACUUAACCGUACCUAGUACUGUACCGUACCGUAUCGUACCUCAUUACAGACAUGGCGAAGGUUCACCUUCACCGCGUCUCUCUUCCAGUAUACUCGAAGUAUGGCUAGUCACCAAUUAAUUGGGGAACUUGAAAAAAGUUAUGGAAUGAGUGUCUGGUUUAAAACGAGGAUGCCUUCAGUCUUUUCUUCGUAAAGAUCUGACCAGAGUUAAAUCUCUCUCUCUCUCUCUAUUUUGUGAUACCUCUGACCCAUGAACUUAAUUUAAUAUAAAUCAGCUGUAUUCUUGUGUGUUAUCUUUUUAUAUUCUAUGUGUGAUGAGAUGCUGUUUUCUUUUUGGGCAGGUUCAUCGAGGUGUAAAAGGCUUCGUUUAUGAUGAUGCAGGCUCCCCUAUCUCUAACGCAGUAAUCUCAGUAGAAGGCCGUGAUCAUGACGUCACAACUACCAAAGACGGCGAUUUUUGGCGAAUUCUUACUCCAGGGAAGUAUAAAGUUUCCGCUUCGGCGCCAGAGCGGCAAAAAGUGACGUUGGACGUCCAAGUUCAUCCAAAUGAGCCUGCGUUACAAGUUAAGUUUACCCUGCCUCGACAACAUUUAGUGUUUGGCCUACCAGCGGCUGUUAUGGUGGGAAUAUGCGUCCUGGUGGCAGCAGUGUUCCUCCUAUUUGUCAUAGGACUGUGGCGUUUGGCGCGUUACAGAAAACAACUCACCGUGCGGAGAAAUGGAUAUUUGAUGGAUUUUGAACACGAACGAUCGAUAAAUUCGUUUAAUUCUAAGGCGUUACUGAACAAUGAGUAUUCAGAUGAUACUGACGAUGACGAAGAGGAUAUAGUUUUAGAGAAUGUCAGACGAUGAUAAUGCAAUUUAGAUUAGUUAUCAAAAAGAAUUGAAAGCCAUCAUUUUGCAAGUGGCUUUUGUUAUAACUUUUAGUGUCUCUGGGCUUCAGACACUUUUGAAAAUUCAAAUUUAUCUAUUUUUGGACACUGUACAAUCCGAAUAAUUCUAAGUAGACAAAUUUAUGUUGAAAUAAUUUUAAAUUGAAAAAUGAAAUCGAUGAAAAUGAUACUUGUUAAUCACUUUUGGGAGUUAAGGUUUAAGAGUACAAUUGUUGAUAGGGCUAGAAUAUGGCCGCUGGGGGGUUUCAUCAUAAUUUCGUUUCCUAUUUUUGUACCGAAUGGAAAACCGAGCAUUAGCUCUGCUGAAAGUCAGAUAUGUU